AUGCAUACGCUUCCAAUGCCGAUAGAUCCAGCAGAAGGUCUACCCUCCGAGCACAUUUCGGGCCGUACCACUGGCAUUGACCCCCAUGCUUCCGUUGACGACUACAACCGGGUGAUGCUGCAGUAUACCCAGCUCCAGUUCGAAGCAUUCACCCGGGAAGGAGAUAACAUUCUCAGCCGUCCUAACAACAGCAAUAACCGUAGUAGCGGAAACAGCGGCCAAAGCAAUACGUCGCCUGUGAGCAACCUUGCUGGCGCCGGUACUGCUCUACCGCCACAGCGGACUGGACGAAGUACAAGUACUCAGUCUUCUGAAGGGAGGCUUGUUGUCAACAAUGUUCUUCCUAUUACCAGUCAACCUCAUAUCAUCGUCGAUCAACCGUCAGCCUCGUCCAUGCAUCUUACGAGUUAUGACAUUCACCAUAUCAGAGAGGAGGGUUUCAAGUUGAGGCACCAAAGUGGCUAG